AUGUCCCAAAGUAUUCCUCGUUUUAUUCAACCUUCUUCUUCAUCGUCAAGAUCUAGAUCAUCUUCCAAUGCAAAUUCUGAUGUAAUUUCUUCCUCUCCGAGUCAUCUCUCCUCCUCUCCUUCCAUGAUGGAAUAUUACAAGAAAAGUAGUGGCUCUUCUCCACUUUCAAAGGAGGAAGAAGAAUUGAUGAAUCAGAAAAAGGAACGUUUUCAAACAUGCAAAGAGGUGAUUGAUCGUUUGAAUUGGGAUGAAUCAUUGGCAGAUGUCAUGCAAAAUUUAGCCAUGAUCUAUAAGGAUCGUUUUGAAGGAGAUGUGUUCAUCUCUUACAGUGAAUAUGAGAAUAGUGAAUUGAAGGAAGAUUUGCCUCAACAUCGUAUUCAGAGUUUGAUCUAUAGAGAUGAACAUGUAUUUUGGGAUAAGAAUAAGAGAAUUGAUCUGAUCACCUCUAAGGAAAUUUUCCCAAUUAUCGAUUCUUACUUAAAUCCUACAGAACCUAUUGAUGAAACAUCCCAAGGUGCGGAAAUUAAAAAGAAAAAGAAGAAGAAUUCAAAACCAUCCAUCAGUUUGGAAAAAUCCAAAGCAAGUACCUUACUAAAGACAACUAGUGGUGAAAAUUUGGAAGAUGAGGAAGAAGAUGAAAUAGAUCAGUACAUUGCAGAAUAUGAUGAAGAAUAUGGCAUGUAUUUGAAAUAA